UUUUUUUUUUUUUUUUUUUUCUUUUAACUCUCUCUGAAUGUCGGAUUCCGCUGCGCCGACGCCGACGCCUCGCCCGCGCCCGCCGCCGCCGUCCAACUACAAGCCGAGCGUCGUUGCCCCAGCGUCUGCCGAAGCAGCUGCACCGCCAUCGCAGGCACUUGCGCAUGACGAUUCUGGUGGCCCACCCAAGCCGGUGCGCGCUCGACCACCGCCGCCUGCUGCACCCAACUCGGCUGCUGCUCUGGCCGCCGCCGCUGCUGCUGUUGUGCACGAACAUCACGCGCAUGACUCUGAAGAUGCGCCUGCUGCGCCAGUGGUGCACAAGCCACCGCCAUCGCGACCACCGCCCACUGUGAGUCCGCCUGCCGCCGCUGCCGCAGCCGCUGCACCAACGCCAGACGCACCCAAAGCUGCACGGCCGCAUGCUCCAACACCGCCAAACAAGCUGUCGACAGGAGGACCUGCCGCUGCUGGCGAGCACUCCACGUCGCCACCGCCUGCUUACACGCCAACAGCAACGCCUGCUGCUGCUGCACCUGCAGCACGACCCUCACGGCCAACUCGCCCACAGUCCUUGUACUCGAGCACGCCCAGCUCGGCGUCCGAGAGUGCAAACAGUCUUCCGCCACCGUACGAGGCAGACUCUGGCGUUUCUGUUCCCGCCGUCAAGGCACCUGCUGCUGCCAAGCCUCGUCCGCCGCGUCCAGCCACCGUGGCGGCCAAGCCGGGUGCGCCCUCUCCGGUUGCCGCAGCAGCCGCGGCCGCUCCUGCGGCAGAGACGGUUGCCCCUUUCACAAACCCCGCUGUCGCACGCCCGCCACGGCCGUCCCCAGGGGCAAUUGCCGCGGUUUCUGCCUCUCCUGCAGCAGCCAUGGCGGCCGCCGCAGCACCACCCAGUGGCGGUGCAAAGCCACGUCCGGCACGCCCGCCGACUUCCACCAACGCCCCUCCUGGCCACCCACCACCGCCCGGCCACGCACACCCUCCAGGACACCCGCCUCCACCAAGCCACUCGCCUGUUGUCCAUGGUCCGCCACGCUUGCCGGCGCGACCGGUUCGCGGCCACAUUCUGUACCAUUACAUGUUUGAAGGCCCUCGCGCAGUUGCCCGCGAGGAGCACACCGGCGAGGGUCCUGAGGAUUUGAUCUUCUCGCGUGGCGAUGUGAUUGAGCUCAAGGAGGUCGUUGACGAUUAUUGGUACAUGGGCGCCAGCAACGGGAAUGUCGGCAUGUUCCCCGUCGCCAAGGUCCGCAUCAUUGUGGAUCUCCCAGAUGGCUCGCAGAAAAAGCUGCAAGCAGCCGCCGCAGCCGAACUGAGCGGCGAGCCGACCUUUGUCGCUGUCGUGGCGCCUGGUGCUCACAUUUUCGCGGCCUUCCCAUUCACUGGCGACGCACCGACGGAUUUGAUCUUCAACGAAGGCGAUGAAAUUGAAAUUGUGCGGCAAGUUGACGCCGACUGGGCCGAGGGCAUUCAUGUCAAGUCUGGACGCAUUGGCACCUUCCCACUUAGCUUUCUCGAUUUGCCCGGCGAUCACGCAUCGUCGUCAGCGUCGUCGUCGUCGGCGGCUGCACCAGCGGCAGCAAGCGCUGCCAAGUUGCCUACAGUGCCUUAUGCCGUUGCAACGUUCGAUUACGAAGGCGAGGCCGAGGAGGACCUGUUCUUCCGUUACGGCGAUGUUAUUCUGCUGACCAAGCGCAUUGAUGCCGAUUGGCUGGUUGGCGAGCUGGAAUCCGUGCCUGGUCUGGCCGGCCAGUUCCCUGCCAACUUUGUCGAGGUCAAGAUUGACUUGCCAAGCGAGGCAGAGACCAAGCCUGCCGUGGCCAGCAAGCCUGCGGUUGCCAGUAAGCCUGCAGUUGCUGCCUCAACCAAGCCUGCUGUCGCCGCCUCAACCAAGCCUGCUGUCAGCGCCAAGCCCAAGGUCGAAACCAAGCCAGAGCCAGCAGCACCUGCGCCUGCACCGGCCCACGACCCGCUGAGCGACUCGUACGGCGAGGCCGUUGCUGCGUACGAGUUUGCAGGCGAAGCUGAGGGCGAUUUGCCCGUCCACCAAGACGAACAAAUUGCGAUUGUGGAACGAGUGGAUGCCGAUUGGCUGCGUUGCAAGAACAGUGCUGGCGCUGUGGGCAUCGUUCCGGCUUCAUUCCUUCUGAUUCUUCGUGAGCCCACGGCAUAGUUUGCCAGUGGGGGUUGUUUUUGUUGCUCGCUGUCAUUGGUCUUGUUGUCGCGUUUUUUUUUUCGUUCUGGGUUUCGUUGCUGUGAGUGAGUGAGUGAGUGUGUGUGUUUGUGGCUCGCAGUGCUUCUUUUGUGAUUUUUUUUUUUUUGUUUUUCUCUCUCGUUCUUUUUGUUUUUGAAGUUGAAUGAAUGCGAUCUCGCAGCUCCAUCUACUGCAGACAUGUUUUCAUACGUGGUUUCUCU